GCAAUAUUCUACUGGGAUAAAAUAAGAAAUUUUCUUUUUCAUCAGGCUUGAUUUUUAAGUUAAAAUCAAUAUAAUUCUAGAAUGUUAAUAGUAAACGUAGAAACCAUAUAUUAAAGGCGAUAUCAGGAUAAUAUGUACCAUAAAAAUGAUGGUCAUGUGUUAAAACAAGUCACAUGUUAAAACAAGUCAAGGUAAGCAAGCUAUAUAUAUCCGAUCAUAAUUAUAUAACUGAUCUUUGGACAAGGAAGUGUGUUAGUUACAACAGAAUGGCGAUGUCGGUGGCGGUGAAAGAAGAUAUUGAUGAUUUGCUAACUUGUACAAUCUGUUUGGAGACAUUCAAAGAACCUAAGUAUCUGCCGUGUCUGCAUACGUUUUGUAAGUCGUGUAUUAAUACAUAUAUUGUUUCAAAUGUGACAGGGAAUAACCCUCAUGGAUUCAAAUGUCCCGUAUGUCGCCGAUUAGUGCCAAUUGAUGAAAAUGAUGAGAAACCUGAAAAUUGGGCAAUGAAUUUACCCGGUAACCAUUUUAUUCUAUCACUUAUUGAUAGAAAGGCAAUUCAAAAGUCGGAAAAACUUUGCGAUACUUGUAAACUAGAGAAUAUUUCUCAGAAGGCACACUCAUUCUGCACUGUGUGUGAAGAAGCAUAUUGUGAAUCUUGUCAAAGAUGUCAUAAGCUGUACAAAACAACAAGAACUCACAAAAUAGUUCCCAUCACAGAUAUUAAGGCAGACACUGCCGUUUCCGAUCUAUUUGCGCAUGUCACUUGUAAAGAACAUCCCGACAAGACGAUAGAGGUGUACUGUCAAGAUCAUUCCAAACCUUGUUGUACAGUUUGUGCCACUGUCCACCACAGAAAAUGUGAACAAGUUGUCACUAUUGAUAAAGCUUUGAUUGGGAUAAAAGAAUCCGAAAAAGCAAAAAACCUGAUGACAAAGUUAACAGAAACGAGUAAUACAUUAGGUGAAGUUCUUCAGAACCAAAAGACUAACAAGAAAAACUUUGAAAAUGGCAUAGAAACAGUUCUACAAGAAAUCAUAAAUUUGCGAGAAAAAGUUUGUAAACAUUUAAAUGAACUGGAGGAAAAACUGAAGGAAGAGGCCAACAGUAGCAGGAAAGAAAAAGUAAUUAAGCUUGAUGACGAAACAACAGAUUUGUCCAGCCUAAAGAAUACAGUUGAUAACUGGAAAAAAAUAUUCGAAGCUUGUAUAUCUCAAGGAUCAGAAAUACAAUGCCUGGUGAAGAUGGACGAGAUUCUUAACAAUCUUCCUCAAACUGAAAAUGACAUUUCUAAACUUCUACAUGAAAUAAGAACUAUAUCCGUAAAGUUUGAACAUAAUGAUGUUAUUUCAGACAUCGUAUCUCUCGGUCGUUUGAUUUUUAAUGAGCACCGGCCUUCUAUUCCCGGAAUGAAGAUAGCAAAUUACCAUAAAGGGAAAAUCAGAACAGUGUUCACAAUUGAUGUUACAAUAAAUGCUGUUAGUGGGAUAUUCUUUAAUAACGAUAUUAUUUUGACCUAUUAUACUCAAAAUAAGAUCGUGUUCUACGACAACAAAGGACAACAACAAGAACAGUUAGGUAUUCCUUACUAUUCAACAGACAUAGCUAAAGUUAAUGACCAAACAGUCGCCGUGUCUUCAAAUGAACAGAAGAUAGUGGUUAUUAACGUUAAACCGCUGAAUAUAUUAAAGACAUUAGAUAUCAACAAUCCUGUGUGGGGUAUAGCGUUCUGUCAAAACGAGUAUGUUACUGCUCAUUUUAAUAAAAUAUCUUGGUUAAAUUCUGAUAAUGGUAGUGAAGUUACAAGUCAAUCAACAACAGCAGACACUAGACAUGUUUAUUGUUACCAGAAAAAUGAUUACAUCUAUUGGGAUAGUGGAAAUUCUAUUAAAAGGGAGAGCAAUCAGGGAAACAGCUUUACGUAUACCAAUAGUCUGUUACAACGCCCCUAUUUCCUGGACGUUGAUAGCGACGGAAACAUUUAUAUCACUGGAUAUGAGUCCAAAAACAUUCAUCAGUUGACAUCUACUGGAAAACUCGUACGAAUUAUUCCCAUAUCGGAGAUAGACAAUACCAUCACGGCUCAUCCAUGGGUAAUACGGUUCCAGCCAAACAGUAACAGAUUUCUACUAACAUUUGAAAGGGGUGCUACUAAAGUGCUUGUGUGUGAAAUCGAUUAAAAAUAUAUUUGGAGGGAGCAUGAAUACAAAUUGCAAUGUUUUCUAGAUCACCAAUAGUCAGUUCUGAACCUUACGGACAAUUGAAUGCGGUUGAAGUGUGAUGACAAUGGUAGUCAUUGCGAUUACCUGGUUACUAAAACUAUUGAACGAGCGUAUUUUUUUAUCUUAUGAAAAGAACAUGAAAAGAAUCAAUCAAUAGAUUUUUUUGUAUUAUCUUCAUUAUAUUAAUUAACACAAUACGACUCUAGAUAUUAGGCUUUUUAAGCCAUGAAUAAGUUUAGCAAUUCCAUUAAUAAUAAAAAGGUUUUUUAAAA